GUUUGCGUUUUUUUCAUUCACAACGAAGAAUAUGCUUUACACUUAUCCUCUUUGGCAUUUAACUUCUCUUCCUUUACGUUCUAUAUUCUUAAUGAGUCUUAAGUAAUUGACACCAAGAUUCUGCAAAUAUAUAUAUAACCCACGACUCCAAGUUUCCCCUGUUGAUUAUCUGCAAAUCAAUCUUCCCAUCUGUGUUCCGCAAUCCGAAAAUGGGAAACUGCCUUUCAAUCUCCGAUCCUCCUCUUGAAGAUGUAUCACAGAAGAUUCUCAAAGCACUUCCCGUCGAAACAGCCUUCAAGUUUCCGUCUCCAUUGCCUACUUUUACUCACCAAGGUGGCGGGUUUGCGAAACAAACCAUUGACUUAGGAGGUCUCGAGGUAAGUCAAGUGUCGACAUUCAGCAAAGUUUGGUCCACUUAUGAAGGAGGACCAAACAAUCUUGGAGCAACAUUCUUUGAACCAUCUUUGAUCCCUUCCGGUUUCUCCAUUCUCGGUUAUUACGCUCAAUCAAACAACCGUCAACUCUUCGGUUGGGUACUCACAGCUAGAGAUCUCUCUAGCAACACAUUGAAACCACCUAUAGACUACACCCUCGUGGGAAACACAGAGUCACUCAAGAUCAAACAAGACCGACCUGGUUAUAUCUGGCAGCCCGUGCCGCCUGAUGGAUAUCAAGCCGUUGGUCUGAUAGUCACAGACUCCUCACAAAAGCCUCCCCUAGACAAACUACGCUGUGUUCGGUCCGAUUUAACCGAGCAAUGUGAAGCUGAUACAUGGGUUUGGGGAUCAAACGGAGUCAACGUUUCGAGUCUAAGACCAACCAUUAGAGGAACACAAGCUAAAGGUGUCUGUGUAGGUACAUUUACUUGGCAACCCCAAAAUUCCUCUCCUUUAGCUUUAUCUUGCUUGAAGAACACGAAAUUCGACUUCUCUACGAUGCCAAAUGGGUCCCAAUUCGGAGAAUUGUUUCAGAUUUAUUCUCCGAGUAUCUAUUUCCAUCCAGACGAAGAAUAUCUACCUUCCUCUGUUAACUGGUAUUUCAGCAACGGUGCAUUGCUAUACAAGAGAGGCGAAGAAUCAAAUCCAGUCCCUAUCGAAUCUAACGGCUCAAAUCUUCCACAAGGCGGAUCAAACGACGGAUCAUACUGGCUAGAUCUUCCUAUAGACAAGAAGGGGAAAGAGAGAGUGAAGAAAGGAGACUUACAGAGCAAUAAAGUGUAUCUCCAUAUCAAACCAAUGCUCGGAGCAACAUUCACAGACAUAGCCAUCUGGGUAUUUUACCCUUUCAAUGGCCCAGCACGAGCCAAGGUCAAAUUCGUGAAUUUGCCAUUGGGGAAAAUCGGCGAACACAUUGGGGACUGGGAACACGCGACGUUACGGAUAAGCAACUUCAACGGAGAGCUAUGGCGAAUGUUCCUAUCGCAGCACAGCGGAGGAGUUUGGAUCGACGCUUGCGAAUUGGAGUUUCAAGGAGGAGGAAGCAACAAGCCUAUAGCUUACGCGUCGCUUCACGGGCACGCGAUGUAUCCGAAACCUGGACUGGUGUUGCAAGGAGACGAUGGGGUUGGGAUAAGGAACGAUACGGCGAAGAGUAAAAAGGUAAUUGAUACGGGAUUAGGGUACGAGUUGAUAGCGGCGGAGUAUGGAGACGGCGGAGUAGUGGCGGAGCCGCCGUGGGUGAAUUACCUGAGGAAAUGGGGACCUAAAAUUGAUUACAACGUUGAUGAUGAUGUUCGGAGGAUUGAGAGGCUAUUGCCUGGUGCUCUGAAAAAGGCUUUUGUUAACUUUGCAAGGAAGAUCCCUGAUGAAGUUUAUGGUGAAGAUGGGCCUACAGGGCCCAAACUCAAGGGAAAUUGGGCUGGUGAUGAAAAAUGACAGAUUUUUAUCCACUUAUCUUUAAAGUUUAUAGUUUUAAAAUGUUUUGGUUUGAUUCUUUCUUCCUUCUUAUCAAAUUCUUGAUCACUAUUUUAUGUAAAUAUUAUUUUUUUUAAAAACAUAAA